CCUUCCUUGAAUUCGUCCUCCUCCUUUUUCUUCCGUUAUUAUUACUAUUAUUUUUUGUUUUUUGGUAAUGGAGACGCUUGAAGGCAAGUUGAGAGCACUGGAGUUCGUUAUCGCCGGAACUCGGCCUGUGAAAUAAACUUUGCAUGAGAGGAUGUCGAGUUCGUCCACUUAGCCCGUGCCUUGUGAUGAUGCCACAUGGAGAAGGAGAUUUCUCACUGAUUGUGACAUAGGGCAAGAACAAAGAUAAGAAUGCUGCGAAAAUUUGGUUUCCCUCACUCGGAAGUAUCUGCUAGACAAGUAGAAUGAGUUUGGAGACAUGGUGUUACCCGUUGAAAACCCAACUUCGUACCGAUAUUUCCAAGUGGUGAUCCAAUUUUGGUAGUGCGGGGUCCACAUUUGGAGAGCUGGAAGCGGGCUGGUUGGGAAAGUCUUGCACUUGUUUUCGUAACUGGGAGCAGGGGGAGGAGAGUGACUGUCUGAACACAACGGCUGACGAAGACUAAGGGACGAGGCUCGUUACUUUUCCUCGCUUGGUGUGGAGAGAAGCCAGCCGUGGCGGUUGAGGUGCCGAUUCGUUUGGAAACCGUGUGGACUAUCGCAUACAACGCUCUUGAUUGUUUGGUACGCGAACAGAUAGCAUCAUCGGAGCAGUGUGGGGUUGUUGCGGAGUCUGGAGAACGUUUGUCUUUGAUGUUGCUGCUCAAAACGACUGUAGCAGGAGAGCGGGGUGAUGGCCUGUUGGUGAAUGGCAAGCAAGAUACGACAGAGUUCCUCGACUAGUUAGCUCGGCGUCUGCAUAAGCGCAGGGAAAUCAAGAAUUUUCGAGAUUUUUGUAGACGGCACAGGAUCGCCGUGUGGGCGUGCAAUGCUUGGGAGUUGGAGACGGUCGAUUUGAGGCCUUAAGUCAGGAUUGAGUUGAAUAUUUGGAGAGAAGCAAGAGAGCAGGAGCAGGAGCAGGAGCUUUGGGGACCAGCCAAUGAAGCUGUGGAGUAGAAGAAGGCCUUGUUAGUCUGUUUCGAUGGAUGGGAUACUGAUGAUCGAUCCUCCUGCUCAGAGACUCCGACGGGAGGGUGUCGGUUCACAAUUAAUCUUUGGUGUUCACAGGAGGGCGCUGGCAUUACUGCUCUGGUUGUACGUUGUAGCCCUUGGCCUCCUCUCAGAUUCUGCAGCUGCUCAGUGUGAUGGGAGAAACGGCUUCACCACUCCUAAAGUUGAAGUGGAUGCACUCAUUACUCUCUACCAAGGUUUUGGAGUCAAUAACUCAGGGUUUUUCAACUGGAGGAAUGGAGAUCCUUGUCAGAACAAAUGGGGAGGUGUCGUUUGUCAAAGAUUUAUGGGUUUAAAUUGCAACACAACCAUCUCGGGACUGCAAUUGACGAAUCUAAAUAUUGAAGGCACGCUCUCAUCUGCGAUCCAACAUCUGGCUAAUUUGACAUUUCUAAAUAUAAUUGGAAAUCCAAAACUGAAUGGCCGUAUACCUUCCGAACUUGGAAACCUGCCCGAAUUAGUCAUUCUAGAUUUGCACAGCAAUUGCUUCAACGAAAAUAUACCAGUUUUAAAAAAUCUUACAAAACUGCAGUUUCUAGACUUGAGCGGAAACCAGCUGACUGGUCCAAUUCCUCGUUGGUUAGGUUCUCUGGGUCAGAUCCAACGGCUGGAAUUAUCAAAUAAUCAGCUCCGUGGUUUCCUUCCAUUCGCAGCACCUAACAACAACACUGGUCUGGAUAACCUGACUUUUGCUGUUCAAAUGUCCUUUAGUAAUAAUUACUUGAGUGGCCCAUUGGAUAGUCUGGCCAGCCUUCCGAGGAUUAGAUUUUUGAAUGGCAGCGAUAAUCAGUUCAAUGGGACAUUCCCUGUUAAUCUUCUCAACGGGGAUGGGAACUUGACAAAGCUUGUUGUGUUGGACCUUUCGAACAAUAAUAUCUCUGGAUCGUUGCCAACUGUGAGAGUUCAAGGUCUUCAAGAAAUAUAUAUGUCAAAUAAUAACUUGAGUGGCAUUCUUUCGCCCAGUUUCUUAGAAAGCUAUGAUUUACGCAGAUUGAAUCUGGAUCGCAACAAUAUAUCUGGAAGUUUGACUCUAUCGAACACUUCCAAUUUGCAGUAUAUGUCGUUGGUCGAUAACAACAUUCAAGAUUUUCAAUUCCCACAAAGUUGGUGGACUGUGGCAUCUCAACAUUUAGCUCAAAAUAUAUCCAGUACAAAUUUGCUCAGCAAUACUUUCCUUGGUCAAAAUCCCUACUGUAAUGAUCCUCAGACAGAUUUAAUGCUGCAAAUAUGUCGUUCAAAUGCGAACGAGAUCCUGACAAGAGUAGUUCGCAAUGGCACCAACAACAAGAUGCUGAUAACUAUUGGUGUCAUUGCCGGAUUUAUUGUGUUGGUGGCUGCUAUAAUUGCUUUGGUCAUUAUUCGGAGACUAUGGAAAAGGAUCAUUGUCCUCCGAGAUAUCCAACGUGAAUUUGCGAAAAACGAAGUUCAACCUAACUUGUAUUCAUAUACCGAACUGAAAGCAGCGACCGAAGAUUUCUCUCCGAAUAGGAGACUAGGUCAAGGUGGAUUUGGUGUUGUUUACAAGGGCGUUCUUUCUGAUGGCACAGAAUUGGCUGUCAAACUAUUAAAUAACUCAAAUCAAGUACUUGUUGAGUUUUUGAACGAGAUUGUCACAAUCACCAACGUGCGGCAUAAGAAUUUAGUCAAGUUGAAAGGAUGUUGCGUUAAAGGAGACCAACGACUGCUUGUAUAUGAGUAUGUGGAGAACAAAAACCUUGCGGAAGCUUUGUGGGAUGCUCCUUCAAAAGGUGGCCGAGACUUGGACUGGCCGACACGGUUCAAUAUUAUUUUAGGGGUUGCACGUGGACUUGCAUAUUUGCACGAAGAAGUAACUCCACCAAUAAUACAUCGAGACAUUAAAGCUGCCAACAUCCUUCUCGACAAAAGUCUUGACCCAAAAAUUGGAGAUUUUGGCUUGGCACUCCUCUUUCCAGCUCUUGAUGACGAUCGCACUCACCUUAGCGUUAACAUUGCGGGAACCAAGGGUUAUCUGUCACCAGAGUAUGCAAGUUUCGGUCAAGUAUCGGAGAAAGUUGAUGUAUUCAGCUUUGGAAUCUUGGUUCUUGAAAUCGUCAGUGGAAGGAAGAAUAUCAAUUUGAGACUCCCAGCAGAACAACGAUAUAUCCUAGAAUGGGCGUGGAAAAUGUACGAAGCAGAGACGUUACAGGAUUUCAUUGACGCCAAACUCGUGGAUAAGUCCAGAGUGGAGGAUAUUAAGCAUGUAGUGAAAUUAGGAUUAGCUUGUGCACAAUACACAGCUGCAAGACGGCCAACGAUGUCGAGUGUAGUGUCCAUCUUAUUAGGCCACCAGCCAAUAGAUAACAUUAACAGAGAAUCUGAAUUUUCAAAAGGGCAAAUGGAAGCCAUGUUUGCUACACUACAAACGAGUUCCCUCACUCCGGUAGACGAAGAUAGUCCUCUACUUGUUGGGUUGCCUACAGCAAGCGCAAGUGGGGCCUUCAUUGAACUUGGGAAACUGAAACCCAGGUAGAGAUGAACUCUUGUAAUUGUCCGUUGCACAAAAGAUUAUAACACUGCAUGCCAUCAGCAUCCA